UCAAAGACUCGAACACUUGAAUAAUACAAACACAACCACUCGAGAUCAUACUUUGUCUGUCUGUCUAUGCUUCCUUUUUAUGAAGAAGCCCUUCGGCCGGUCAACUAGGUAAUCUUUCCUCACUCACACUAUACGGCGCACGAAAAACAACAUGGCCUUCUCCAGGCAGCGUUCCCAGCAGGACGCCAGCCCUGAUCCCAAACUAGCGGGAGAGAUUGCGCCGUCACCAGCAGCCGCAGUUUCAGAGGAGAAAGUCACGGCCGCUGCCGUGUUCCUCGGUGUCGUCGCCAGUGUUGGCGGCUUUAUGUUUGGCUAUGUCAGUGGUCAGAUCUCCGGCUUCUUCGACAUGUCGGACUAUGCCGCGCGCUUCGGAGCACACAACCCAUCCACGGGAGCCUAUGAGUUCAGCGCCGCUCGUCAGGGUACCAUUGUUGGCCUCCUCCCUGCCGGCUGCCUCAUUGGCUCCCUGAUUGCCGGCAACAUCGCCGACUCCUUGGGCCGUCGCAUGGCCAUUUCGGUCUCGGCGCUCUUCUGCUGCGUCGGUAACAUCAUCGAGAUCUCGUCAAACACUGUCUGGGCCCAAUUUGCCGUCGGUCGCCUCAUCACCGGCUUCGGUAUCGGCGCUCUUUCGGUGGCCGUCCCUAUGUAUCAAUCCGAAUCGAGCCCUGCUAUCAUUAGAGGAAUCCUCAUUUCUACCUAUCAGCUUUUCAUCACGCUCGGCAUUUGGACUGCGGAGAUGAUCAACUACGGCACUCACAACAGGACAAACUCGGCGUCGUGGCGCAUCCCCAAUGGUCUGUCCUUCCUGUGGUCCCUGAUUCUCGGCCUCGGCAUCCUCGCACUCCCGGAGUCGCCCCGCUAUGCGUAUCGCAAGGGCCGCGAAGAUGAAGCCCGUCGGACCAUCGCUCGCCUGGCGGGUCUCGAUACGCACCAUGCUGCCGUCAACAUGCAGAUUGACGAGAUCAAGGCCAAACUCGACGAGGAAAGAGCCGGUGCUGAGACCCGCUGGUACGAGAUCUUCACCGGCCCGCGCAUGCUGUACCGGACGUUGCUGGGCAUCAUCUUGCAGUCCGGGCAGCAGCUUACGGGAGCGAACUUCUUCUUUUACUACGGAACCACCAUCUUCCGGGCCACUGGACUUAGUGACAGCUACGUGACCCAGAUAAUUCUUGGGUCCGUCAACGUGUUCUGCACAUUCGGUGGUCUGUACGUGGCCAAGAAAUGCGGUCGGAGGAACGCCCUCAUCGUGGGCGCGCUUUGGAUGAUGGUGUGCUUCCUCAUCUACUCGUUUGUCGGCCACUUCAAGCUCGACCAUACCAACCCUGCGAACACGCCGGCUGCCGGCAACGUCCUGAUCGUCUUCUCGUGCCUGUUCAUCGCGGCCUUUGCCUCGACGUGGGGCCCACUCGUCUGGGCGGUCGUCGCCGAGCUCUACCCAGCCAAGUACCGCGCUCCGGCGAUGGCCAUUGCGACUGCGAGCAACUGGCUCUGGAACUUCCUCAUCAGCUUCUUCACUCGCUUCAUCACCGACGCCAUCGACUACCUCUACGGCCUGGUGUUUGCCGGCUGUUGCCUGGCGCUUGUUGUGAUUGUGUUCUUCUUCCUGAUUGAGAGCAAAGACAGGAGUCUGGAGGAAAUCGACACGAUGUAUCUCCUCAAGGUCAACCCCAUCACCAGCAGCAAGUGGGACGAGAAGGAAGCCAUGGCCCACAGCACCAGCACCAGCGGCCGGCAGUCGCGGCACACCGACCGCGAGGAUCCUCUGGAGAUGCAAGCGGUGGCUUGAGCAGGUGAAUAGGGGCGGGAUGUGGAUAAUGAUGAGUAUGAAAACGAAAAACGACCGAAAAGAAAAACAAUCGAUAUUGCCUGGUGUCACGGAAUCCCUUUUGAUGAUCACGUAUCCUACACGGGCAGAGCCUUUGCUGUGGACCUGAGCUUGUACAUACCUACGUUUGAAGCUUUCUUUGAAGGGCGUUGCUGGAGACGGCGGAAAAGGGGAUUGCAGUGCCUUUUCUCUUAAUACGAGGAUAAAACCCCCAGGGUACGCGCAAGAGCUUGCCUGACAUACUUAACCUUAGCUGGGGCACUGUACAUUGGCCAGCUUUAGGCGUCGACUCUGGAGGCAGAAGAAUCACCACUAAGUUUUGUUACCGUAUCAUUAUGUUCGAGCUUAUGCAUGCUGGCGGUCAA